CACAGAGCAGGCAAUGUGACUCGCUCAAGGUCACCAGCAGAGCUGGGAAUAGAACCCAGGUGUCCUGGGACCCAGCCGCGCUGUCUGAGUGUGCAAGACGCUGGUGCUGUUUUGCAGAGAUAAGGGUGUCAGUCGCUGAAACCUGCAGAUGUCACCAGCUGCGGGAGCAGCCAGGGGCCAUAGGGUGGCCGUGCUACUGAGAUGGCAGGGACCUUUCAGGGUGGGCUGGGGAAACCCCCUGUGCUGUCAGGUGACUCUUCCCUGCUCAGCCCAGCUGCCUGGGCACUGGGGCCUCCCCUCUGCAACGCUUGGGUUCUGUGGUUCAACAGACAGCAAACCUUGGAGAUCAAAGGAAUUUUGAAAGGGGGGGACCCCACAGUCUAAGGGAUGGAGUGGGGAGGGGGCAUUCAGAGAGCAGGUCCCCUGGAGAGGCUGAACAAUGGCUUUUCCACCCAGUCACCCCAAAUCACCUGGCUGGUUUGUUUUGGGGCCUUGCAGGUCUGCCUUUCGGGGGGCCUCUGGGGUGAGGUGCCAGGAUGGCGAUGGGCGAGCAGGUGCUGCACAUCCUGGAGGAUCUGAGAGAGAAGGAGUUCGAGAAGUUCAAGUUUUACCUGCCCCAUGAGGGCACGGCUCCCCACAUACGCCGCGGGAAGCUGGACGGCGCCUCCCGCAUCCAGGUGGCUGAGCUGCUGAUGCAGACGUACCCCCAGGAAGCGCUAGACAUCACCAACCAGGUGCUGCACAAGAUCCCAAGGCUGGACCUGGUCCAGAGUGGCCAGCUCCAGGCAGGAGGAGAAACUGGGAACAGCGGCAACAAUGCAGAUCGCAGUGAGGCCGCAAAUAGCGGCACCGGGGCAAGGAAGCCGCAGGCCCACGAGAGGAAGAUUCUGGUUUCAGAGCAGCAGCUGAUGAAGCUGGCAGGGAAUAUGGGCAAGGCCUGGAGGCAGAUCGGCAUCGAGUUCCUGGGCCUGGAGAAUCACUUUCUGGAGCAGAUCGAGGAGAACAAUCCUGGCGACACCAAACUGCGAGCUUUCAACAUGCUCUUGGAGUGGAGGAAACGAGCGAAGCAGGACGCCACCGCCAUCCACCUUUGCUCCAUUCUCUCCCAGGACGGGGUGCCCCUCCAGCCCGAGGCCCUUGACUGCCUCCGGGACACAGGCAGGGCCUAAGGAGAUCUGGGGGGCUUAGUCCAGGGCAGCGGGUCUCAACCAAGGGUCUGUGGCCCAGGGCAGGAAGCCGAAGACCUGCUGAAGCCUGGGGCCCUGAGCCCUGCCCCUGGGGCUGAAGCAAUGUAGGUUGGUGUGGGACCCCGGGAAGUUCCCCUGCUUCCUAGCCUCUAACGCUAGCCUAGGCUUGUAUAUGCAGAAAAAUAGUUGUUGUGGCAUUGGUGGGCCAAGGAGUUUUUAUAGCAUUGGGUGGGGGGUGGAGAGAGAAUGAUGCUCAGAAAGAAAAAAGUUGAGAACCGAACCCCGGAUCCAGGGGAUGGCGUGGCCUUCUGAUUAAAGGACUAGCACGGUACUCUGGGGACCUUGAUUCAGUUGCCAGUGGUGCUUUAGUUUUGGGGUGUCUGAUUUAAGACCCCCACAGGGCCUGGCUUGCAGAGAAGCCGAGCACCCACUGCUCCCAGUGAUCUUAGCUGGAGUGGAGGGUGCUUGGAAACCAGGCCAUGGGUGGCACCCAGGAAUCAGUAGCCACUUUGGAAAAUGCUGGUCUCUGUCCGGUGCCUCCGUUUACCUACAUGUGCAAUGGGGAAAACAUGGCCAGAUUCUCCAAAGAGCUCAGUGUCCAGCAGCUCCCAUUACUUGCACGGGGCUGAGGGGGGAGGAGAGGAGUUGCUCAGGGGGCCGGAUGUACUUCGUUUAAAGCCACUUUCACAGCCAGCAGCCUCAAGUGCCAGCGAGUCAGGCCCCAGAUCUGUGUCUGGCUGCUUCCCCCAUCCAGCCUACCACCAUUUGCUAGCUGGGGUGGGUCAGUCCAAGCAGGGGGCCCAGGACAGCCCCAGGGAAUGGAUCGGGGCGGGAGGAGACACCUGUGAUCUAGGGCAGCUAUAAAGUGGGAGACCCUGUGGAGGCUGGGCUGGGCUCUUCCCCACUCACAGGGACAUCACUCCACAAAGAACCUGGGGAUCUUCUCUCCCUGGGGGAUCCACUCCCCCAAUCUCUCCUUGGGGGUCUCGUCUAGGCAGCUCUUUUUUAAAGACCGUUUUUACCAAGAAGCACCAUUGAAGCCUUUUUGUACUUGCAAAGAAAUAAACGUCCUCAAAGCCAGCGCCGCUCAGGCCCUGCUUCUCACUGAUUAUCAUCACAGUACGACCCCACGGGGUUGGAUUUCAUCCCAGCCCCGGUGCAGAGCCCUGCGAGAGGGGCACGAAGCUGCCUUGCUCUGGGGCUACUUGUCUCCACUACUGGCCAGGGCAGACUAAUAAUAGCUAGAGCCCUGCAGCGGGACUGGGAUCCCGCAGGACCCACUGUCAGCACAGCGGGAGCAGGGAAAAUGUACUUUGUUGCGGACGGAAUUGGGUGGCAAAAAACCAGACUGUGGUAAUUUGCGGGAAAACAAAAUGCAAGUUUAGCUGCACCUGCUGUUUAAAUUGACCUUCUUAUCAGUCACUGAGCUUGAGCCUCUUUUUAAUAUUUCUUUCUAUCAAAAACCUACAGCGGUGAGCAGUUUUGCCGCUAAAUAUUUUUCAGACAGCAAGAGUAAUCCUGACCUAUAAGUAACUUGAAUGGUUUGUUUCAGCUUUCUAAAAACGGUGCUUAUGCCAUUUAAAACAUUCCAGGUUUUUAAACAACUUUUUAUAAUCAUUAAAAAAAAAAUCUGCAUCUUUUAAGGCAAAAUGAUGGUGUAAUCUGUUUUGACCUUCUGUGUGAUAUACACGACAGCAGUUUGUCAUAAAUAGAAUUUCAGCAACGUAAAGCAAGUUUGGUUUUGUUUGUUUUUUACAAAAAAAAAUAAAGGUUUUAAUACUUAAA